UGGAGUUGGGGAGAAAUAUUUUGUUCUUUCUAAGUGUGAGUUUGUGUGGGAAGGUUGUCGUGACAGUGCAAAUCUAGUAGUCCGUUUCUUUUGCGGUUUGUUGCUAUUAAGUUCAAUUAAAUUCCUUUUAAUAAUGGCAGAAAUCGCAGCAGAAGUUAAAACUGCUCAGGCCACUCCUGAGAAAGAGGUAGAGAAGAAAGAAAAGGAAAUUGUAAAAGAAGCUCCUGAAGAAAAGCCCGUUGAAAAUGGACAAGAAACUGAAGCACCUAAGGAUAAUGGAACAAAUGAAGCUGAGGAAAAUGACACUAGUGAAACUUGUGAAAAUGGCAGUGCAACAGAAGAGUCAACUGAUACGGCUCCUCUGAAGAGAAAGUCUGAAGGUGCUGUGGAUGUUCCUGAUGAUGCAACUACCAAUGGUGUUAGUCCACAGAAAAAAGCAAAACUGGACGAAGCACCAGUAGAAAAUGGAGAAGCAGAAUCUGUCGCCUAGUUGUACUAAUCUAUUAGUAUAUUUGUUUGUACGUGAGGAGUGGGUAGAAUGCACCAAGUUGUGGUGUUAACUUUUUUUAUUUAACAUCGACUUUGUACCUGUGUUGAUUACUACCCACUUUAAAAUCCACUUCAUUUUAGCCUGUCAUUGUUCAAAUAUGUUUUUUUAGCAUGUCUUGUUUGUAAGGACUUUGUGAUUAUUAAUUGUAAAUUUCUGUGUUUAUUUUCAGCAUUCCUGCUUUAUAUAUUAUAUAUAUUUUUGUUUAGGGAUGGGAAUUGCAGUGUGAGGGAUCUAAUAGAGAUAAGAGGCAACCUAUACUUAGACAGUACCUGGUGGUUUUGCGUACAAAUUAGUUACCUUCUACCCUUAAUUCUUGUUCUGGCAUAAUAAGUAAUAUUUAAUUAACCUAUUGUUAUUCUACACUUAGUAUACACUCAGUGUUAUAGUAAUAUUGGCCCUAUUGUUGUUAACGUAAAUACAGUUGAUGUUGUUAAUAGUUGAUAAGGAAACAGUAUUAAAAGGGCAUAAUUUAACUAUAAAGUUAUAGAGAUAUAAGUAUGAUAUUGUAAUUGAAAUUAAAAUAAGACAACUUGUGUAUAUUGCAUUUAAAGUGCUGCCACUAAACUCCUCUGGUGCUGACUUGAGAAUCUUAGUAAGAUUGUAGUUUUAUAUCUUGCCCCUUUCCUACAUUGUCAAUUUAAAGUAAAUGACAAUUUUUAUAUUCUCUUGCCUGUGUUAGUAAAUUUUAAUUGUUGAAAUCUCAAAGAACUUUAAUUUUACAUGACAAUCUGCAAGUUGAUAACAGGAUACUUUUGUACACAAAUCAAAUCCAAUGGUAGAGGUUGGAACAGUGUUCAUAAUUUUGUACCUUACUCUAUAUUGCAAUAAUAAAGAGUUAGUUUCAACCAAGA